ACACAGGCUUCAAAGUUUGCCUUGGAUACUCUGAGCAGUUCUGCAUUUCAAAAUGCAGUCUUACUUACUUUCUCGGCAUUUUAACACCAAGAUGUUGGACAACUCCACAGCUUGUCCAGCUGUGGACAACUCCACAGCUUGUCCAGAAAAUGCUACUAUUUGCAGUGGCACAUCUUGUGUGUUACCAGAAGAUGAUUUUAACCAGACUUUGAGUGUAGUUUUAAGUACUGUUCUAACAAUCAUGCUGGCUUUGGUGAUGUUCUCCAUGGGUUGCAAUGUGGAAAUUAAAAAAUUCUUGCACCACAUAAAAAGACCCUGGGGUAUUUUUGUGGGUUUCCUCUGUCAGUUUGGAAUUAUGCCUCUCACAGCCUUCUUGCUUUCACUGGCCUUUGACGUUCAUCCUAUUCAAGCUGUUGUGGUGAUGAUCAUGGGAUGCUGUCCAGGAGGCACAGCCUCUAAUAUCAUCGCCUACUGGGUGGAUGGUGACAUGGACCUAAGCAUCAGCAUGACAACUUGCUCCACACUUCUUGCAAUGGGGAUGAUGCCACUCUGUCUUUUUGUUUAUACUAAGAUGUGGACUGAUUCUGAUGCAAUUGUACUCCCCUACGACAGCAUUGGAAUUUCACUGGUAGCUCUUGUAGUUCCUGUUUCAGUUGGAGUAUUUGUUAAUCACAAAUGGCCCAGUAAAGCAAAAAGAAUACUUAAGGUUGGUUCCAUAGCAGGAGCAAUUCUCAUUGUCAUUACUGCUGUGGUUGGGGGAAUACUCUAUAAAGGCUCGUGGGUUAUCACACCUAAGUUAUGGAUCAUUGGUACCAUAUUUCCAGCAGCUGGCUAUUCUUUGGGAUUCUUUCUGGCUCGUCUUGCUGGUCUGUCUUGGAGCAGAUGUCGUACAGUGUCUCUGGAAACAGGCAUGCAAAAUACUCAGCUAUGUUCAACAAUAGUACAGCUCUCCUUCAGCCCUGAACAACUUGAACUGAUGUUUACUUUCCCACUCAUCUACAGCAUUUUCCAGCUGUUGUUUGCACUAAUGAUUUUAGCAGGUUACCGUGUUUACAUAAAACGCUGUGUCAAAACUAAUAAGGACGUUGAGAAAACAGAAGAAAAAGAUGAUUCUAAAUCAAUUUCAUCACAUGCUAAAGAAAAUGGAGGAUUUGUAUCAGAUGAGACAAAAUAGUCAAUUACCUUUCUGUUCCAAACAGCUGAAAAGAUAAAAGAUACGUGGUUUACUUAAAACUUGCUUUCAGAUGCUGUUGCUUUAUAUUUUUGCUAAAUAUUUAGCAAAAGAUGGAGUUUUGCUGGUACUGGACAGUGAGUCUUCAAAAUGAUUAACUUAUGAAAAAUUUCUACUUUGAUUUUCAACAUGGUUUCUACCACAAUUUUAGCAUCUUUUUAAAUAUAAUUCCCUAAAAUAUUUGAUGUAUUAAUAUGGUUUCUAUAAAGAAAGAAAGAAUAAAGUUGGGCCAUAGCUAAAAGAAAAAAAAAAAAAACAAACAGAUACUUGUUUUAGAGGUUAUGGACCAUGAUCCAGCAAAUCAGUCUGCUAGUCUCAGCCCCUGCCCCAAACAAAGAUAAAUCUUCUAACAGUGCCUGAGCAGCACUAGAAGUUGAUGUGGAAGAUAUGAUAAAGCUGGGGGAUUUCCACUGAACAUGAAUCAACCAUGAAAUUGAAACAAGUGAGUAAUGAAAUAAAGAUUCAUUUAGGACAGUGUGGACAGGCUAAAGUUAUCCCAUUGUACUAAUUGCUUAAAGCGUUAAUUUCUUCUAAAGCUAUAAGUUUCACAAAUGCAAAGUACCUUAAGACUCUUUUUUUUUUCUUUUUUGUUUGGAUUAAUGAAAAGUAACAGCUUUGCAUCUUCAGAAGCAGAGAGAUAAAGCUUAGGAGAUAAGUCUGAGGCCAUUUCAAUGACAGCUACAUACAGAAAAGCAAGCUGAGUUUUGGGAGGUGUACUGUCAAGUGCAGUUGAGUCAUAUAGUAUAUCCUUUAUACUUGAUAGUAUAGUUGAUAUUCAUAUAUUUCUGUGGCCGUACAAACUCAGUAAGUUUUGACUUACUGCAUGUUCAUGAUUUUAAGACACUCAUGUAGUUAAUGACUGUGAUAUUUUAAUUAUAUAAACUACAAACCAACAUAAUUGGAUGUAAAUAUACAUUAUUUGUCUCUGAAAAUUCAAGGGCACAUAUGGAAAACUGUCCUAAGUAUGUGGAGAAAUAGCAUAAUUUUAACAGAAAUAAUACAGUAAAUUUUAUGCAGCUGUAAUUUUUUGUGAAUACAUUCAGUAACAUUAGUCCUCGUAGCUCUUAUGCAAGGAAAACAUCCAGAGAACUUCAGAUGAAAUAAGUGAGAGCUUGGCUGACCAAAAACUUCAAGAGUGAGCCAACUGUCAACACAUGGAAACUAUACACCUCUUUGUCAUAUUCAAGUGGACCUUCUGAGGUGUUAUGAGUUGAAAUGGCAGGUUUUCUACAAACACAACUGAAAUUGUGGAAUUUAAAUUCCAGACGUGUAGCUUUCCACUGCUGCAGAAAUGUGCCCAAUAUUAAACAAAUGAUAAAUUAUUUUUAUAUACCAUAUGUGAGAGAAAGGAUCUUGAAAUGUUCCUGAGUUCAGAGAGGCUUGAAGCUGCUUUGCUUUCAGGUUCAGUUCAGAAUGGUCAUACCUCCAAGGAGGAUUUCAACCCUUAGUGGAAGAUGGCACAUAGCUAGGUGUAUUAUGUUUUUAUAGAAUAAAGAAUAAACAGAAAAAAUGCUGUUAAUACUUCUAUGGAGGAAUCACAAAUGUGAGACACCACUUUCAUAGAGAAAAGAAUAAGCUGCUAUUUAUAAUAUCUGUGAUAAGAAAGCUAUUGUCUUUAUCCUGUUUCCGUCUAAAAAUGAGCAGCAGAUGUUAAUUAGGGUAGAGUCAUUCUUACAACAAACUACUUCUCUUUCCCCAUGCUGAACCCUAGUGCUUCUGUGUAUUUUUAAGGGAGAAUUUGAAAUUGUAUUGAAGAAUAGUAGUCUGUCUUGCUUAUACUAUGUAUGUGUAUGUAUUUAAAGCAACUGUAUAAACACUGAACUGAAUAAAGUCAGAAACUAUUUAUAA